AUGUCAGCCAAAGCAAUAAGAGAAUAUGAUGGAAAACUUCUUUUAGCUUACUGGUUACUUCGCUCUCCUAUUAUUUUUAAAAAAACUGAUGAAUCUUCAAUUACUUCUGAAUUCGUUCCACCCGCUUCAAAAAUUGCGAAUUUAACAUUUGAUGCUUCUAUCCUUCAAAACAACACAGCCACAAAUCCUAUCUUUGCCUUUAAUACUCACUUGCAGCAAAUCUUUAAAAUAGCUGAACAAACUCAUCCAUGGCUAUUAACAGAAAAAUUGGUAGUUAAACCAGAUCAACUAAUUAAAAGACGUGGUAAAUCUGGUUUGUUAUUAUUGAAUGCAGAAUGGUCACAAGCAAAAGAAUGGAUCGGUGAGAGAGCCGGAAAAGAGAUUUCAGUUGAUAGCGUAACAGGACUAUUAAAAACUUUUCUCAUUGAACCAUUUGUACCACAUGCGUCAAAUACUGAAUACUAUAUCAACAUCAAUUCUGUUCGUGAUGGUGAUUAUAUAUUGUUUACCCAUGAAGGUGGCAUUGAUGUGGGUGAUGUAGAUGCCAAGGCUUUAAAACUUUUGAUUCCUGUGGAUGAAAAUUUACCAUCAUUGCAAGAAAUCAAAGAUAAAUUGUUGGUCAAUGUACCAGAAACUAAAAAAGAUAUCUUGGUUAAUUUCAUUAGUCAUUUAUAUGCCGUUUAUGUUGAUCUACAUUUUACAUAUCUUGAAAUUAAUCCAUUGGUAGUACUUGAUCCUACUUCAAUCAAUGAGGCACCAAAAAUCUAUUACCUUGAUCUUGCUGCAAGAUUAGAUCAAACAGCUGAAUUUGAGGCCGGUUCUAAAUGGGCAAUUGCACGUUCUCCUAAAGUUUUGGGAUUUAUUGAUCAUUUAGAUUCCAAGUUAAAUGUUGAUCAAGGACCACCAAUGGAUUUUCCUGCACCAUUUGGUCGUGAAUUAACAAAAGAAGAAGCAUACAUACAAGAAUUAGAUUCAAAAACUGGUGCUUCAUUAAAAUUAACUAUACUAAAUAAACAUGGAAGAAUAUGGGCAAUGGUUGCUGGUGGUGGUGCUUCAGUAAUUUACAGUGAUGCAAUUGCUGCUUUAGGAUUUGCUCAUGAACUUGCAAAUUAUGGAGAAUAUUCAGGUGCUCCAACAGAAACUCAAACAUAUGAGUAUGCCAAGACUAUUCUUGAUUUAAUGACACGAAGCCACACUAUUCAUCCUGAAGGAAAGAUUUUAAUUGUUGGUGGUGGUAUUGCAAAUUUUACAAAUGUUGCUGUGACAUUUAAAGGACUUAUUCGAGCCUUAAAAGAAUACAAACAACCAUUGACUGUUCAUAAAGUUAAAAUAUAUGUAAGACGUGGUGGACCUAAUUAUCAAGAAGGACUGAAAUCUAUGAGACAAUUAGGAGAUGAUAUUGGAUUAGAUAUUUCUGUAUUUGGACCAGAAACUCAUAUUACUGAAAUAGUUCCUUUAGCAUUGUUAGGUCAUGGUUCAGGUCUUGAUAAUUUCUCAGAUAAAUCCAAUUUGCCAUCAUCAAACAAUUCAUUACAAGAUCAAAUGCUUGGAACAAAUAUCCCAAAAAAUUCAGAUCUUAAAGGUAAAAAACCUUCAACUUUAAAACCAGAUGAUGACACCACAGCCAUCACUGAAGAAUCAAAAAAAUCAAAUUCUCGACCUAUAAGUCCAAUUGCUAACCCACGUGAACGAAUGACAUACUUUGAAAAACCUGAAUCAAAAGAACGAUCUUGGUACUCUGCAUUUACAAAUGAAACUCGUGCUUUUGUGUAUGGUAUGCAACCUCGUGCAGUUCAAGGCAUGCUGGAUUUUGAUUUUAUUUGUGGAAGACAAGUACCUUCUGUUGCUGCAAUGAUUUACCCCUUUGGUGGAAAUCAUUUACAAAAGUUUUAUUGGGGUACUAAGGAAACCUUAUUAAAUGUAUUUAAUAACCUUGAAGACGCAGUAGCAAAAUUCCCUGAUGCAGAUACUGUUGUUAAUUUUGCAUCUUCAAGAUCUGUUUAUGAAUCAACAUUUGAAUUUUUCAAACACUCUGACCAAAUCAAGACAAUAGCUAUAAUAGCAGAAGGAGUUCCUGAACGGUAUGCAAGAUUGAUUCUUCAUAAUGCAAAAAAAAGAAAUGUACUUGUAAUUGGUCCAGCAACUGUUGGUGGCAUCAAAGCAGGAAAUUUCAAGAUUGGUAAUACUGGAGGCAUGAUGGAUAAUGUAGUUGCAUCAAAAUUAUAUCGACCAGGAUCAGUUGCAUAUGUAUCAAAAUCCGGUGGUAUGUCAAAUGAACUCAACAAUAUUAUAUCUAGAACAACAAAUGGUGUUUAUGAAGGCAUUGCAAUUGGGGGAGAUCGAUAUCCAGGGUCAACAUUUAUAGACCAUUUAUUACGGUUUGAAAGUGACCCACAAUGUAAGAUACUGGUUUUGCUUGGAGAGGUAGGCGGAGUGGAAGAGUAUCGAGUAUGUGAAGCUAUACGUGAUGGUAGAAUUAAGAAACCAUUAAUUGCAUGGUGUAUUGGAACAUGUGCAAAAAUGUUUAAAACUGAAGUACAAUUUGGGCAUGCUGGUGCACUAGCCCAGUCUGAUCUUGAAACAGCUGAUGCAAAAAAUAGAGCAUUGAAAAAAGCUGGUGCAAUUGUACCAGACACUUUUGAAAAAUUGCCAUUGGUUUUAAAUGAAACUUAUCAAAAUCUCGUAGGAAAUGGUACUAUUGUACCUACUCCAGAGCCAGAAACACCUAAAAUACCUAUUGAUUAUUCUUGGGCACAAGAACUUGGAUUGGUGCGUAAACCUGCAAGUUUUGUCUCAACAAUUUGUGAUGAUCGUGGACAAGAAUUGUUAUAUGCGGGUAUGGGAAUAUCUGAUGUGUUUAAAGAAAAUAUUGGAAUAGGUGGAGUGGUUAGUUUGUUAUGGUUUAAAAGAAGAUUGCCUGAAUAUGCAUGUCGAUUUAUUGAAAUGAUUUUGAUGUUAACCGCAGAUCAUGGGCCAGCAGUUUCUGGAGCCCAUAAUACAAUAGUUACUGCACGUGCUGGUAAAGAUCUUGUAUCAAGUCUUUGUGCAGGAUUAUUAACAAUUGGAGAUAGAUUUGGGGGAGCAUUAGAUGGAGCAGCAGAAAUGUUUACUAAUGCAUAUGAUAAAGGGCUUACACCAAGAGAAUUUGUGAAUUCAAUGCGAAGACAAAACAAAUUAAUUCUUGGUAUUGGACAUAAGAUUAAAUCAAGAAAUAAUCCAGAUCUUCGAGUAGUAAUAGUACAAGAUUUUGCAAAAAGAAAUUUCCAUUCUACAAAAUUGCUUGAUUAUGCAUUGGCAGUUGAAGAGAUCACAACCACUAAAAAAGAUUCAUUAAUACUUAACUUAGAUGGAGCAAUUGCAGUGUGCUUUGUGGAUUUAUUAAGAGAUUCUGGUGCAUUUAGCAGAGAAGAGGCAGAGGAAUACAUUAAAAUUGGUGCAUUAAAUGGACUUUUUAUUUUGGGUAGAAGUAUUGGUUUUACUGGUCAUUAUCUUGAUCAACGUAGACUUAAACAAGGGUUAUAUCGUCAUCCAUGGGAUGAUAUUUCUUAUUUGGUACCUACUAUUGGAGCCGAAACAGGUCGAACAUUUGUUAGUCAAGAUCAAGUUGCAGAAAAAAGAGCAUAA